AACUGCGAGUGAGCCAACUGAGCAACGGCUCGAUCGCUGCCAUUCGCGAAUUUCCUUUCGUUGCGUUCGCUACAGAAAAUCUAUAUAAAACCGUUGCUCCCCGCCGGGGCAGGAGUUAUACGUACUUUUGCCGCACGCCGAUCAAGUAGGGCAGCCGUUCAGCAAGAUAUACAUUUUCUUACGUAGCGAUCGAUCGACCAUCGUAAACGGAAGGAAGUGCGCGAGUUUUUGGUUGCAUUUUUUUUUUUGGAUCGAGUCGCAUUUACGUGUCCGGAUAGUUUUUGUUUGACAAUAUCUACGUGUUGGCUCAACGAGCUUCUUAAAUAACCGUGAGAUACAAGUGCAACUAGCCAGGUGCAUCAGAAUAAAAGGGGGAAAGUGUGUAAAUCAAAUGUUUGUUCUGAAAGUGAGAGUUAAGAAUUUGUUAAACAUGAAGAUUGAAAUCAGAAAUCUGUUUCUGCUAACGAUCGUAACGGCCCUGCUAAAUCUGGCCUCGGCGGCAAGUUCGGCGUCGUCCAACAGCAUUCUGAGUUUGGACGAGUUUAAUAGUUCUCCUACGCGUCACAACCAUCGGCACCACCCGUCAACUCAUCAGCAGCAACAGCAGCCCCAGAAGGACAACUUCAUCCUGAUAGACUAUCUGAGCGACGGGGAACGGGAACGGCGCAUCAGUUGGAAUGGGUUAGCAGGCAAAGAAACCAGCAUCGGUGACGUGAGCAAAUCGCUCAGCCUGUGGCAGCUAUCGAACGGCAAAAGCUUCAUCCAGAUGAUCUACACCAGCGACGGUCAGCUCAUGGAUUGCGAAUACAUCCGGCAGAAGAAACUGGUCCGGUCCUUCCUGGCUCGCUUCUACGAAGAGAUUGAACAGGCCCGUGCCCGAAACUUCACCUCGCCUCUGAUGGUUCCGAAGACCCACCACUCGCUGGUCUCGGAUCACGAUUUCCGGGAGUUCAUCGAAAACGGUAUCGUCACCUCCGAGAUGGAAGAUCUCCAGUACAACGUGCAAGAAUUCGCCGAUGGACAGCAGUCCUUCGCUGUGAGCGGCGAUGCUUUCGGGCUCCGGAACCUCACCUACAUUCCUAUCACGAGCGAGGACGAAAUCCCCAAGGAUAUUCACAAACAGCUAAACUACCGAAGGCUGAAGCAUCAGUGCGAUCAGCGGCACGUUCAGAUGCGUGAUCUCGCUCACGGAUUGCAGAGUAGCGAUCCCCAAGAGCAACAGACUGCCGGCGAAACCUUGCAGAGGCAUAAGCGUGCCAUCGCCGAUUGGUUCCUAUCGCCAAACACCAAGUGGUGUGGCAGGGGACACUCCGCCGAACGUUACCAUCAACUUGGAGGCGCGUCCCGGGCGGACAUGUGCUGCCGGCAGCAUGACUACUGUAAAUUGAAUAUUCCGGGUAUGGCCACCAAGUGGGACCUGUUCAAUUACCGUCCUUACACGAUAAGCCACUGUAGCUGUGAUCAAAGGCACCGCCGGGAUUUGUCCAACGUGCUCCGGGUGCCCGGGACCAAGUGGUGCGGGAAGGGCUGGAGCGCGCGCAACUACGUCGAGAUGGGCGGCCUGUCGAAGGCGGACCGCUGCUGCCGUCAGCACGACCUGUCGUGCCCCUUUUGGAUCCUGGGCUUCGAGACCAAGUACGGCGUGUUCAACUGGCGGGUUAACACGCUGAUGCACUGCAGCUGCGAUGAGAGAUUCCGCACCUGCCUGAAAAUGUCCGACUCCAGCGAUGCCAACAUGGUCGGCAAGCUGUUCUUCAACAUCGUACAAUCCAAGUGCUUCGUCCUGAAGCCGGAAACCGUGUGCAGCAAAUCUUCCUGGUGGGGCAAAUGUGAGAAGAAAACCCGAAGGAAACGAGCGCACAUCCGUGACAAUAGGAAAUAUUGAAGCUCAUCGCGCCCAAAGCCCUGACACUAGAGGGGCAUGGAAACCUUAGAGCUCUCUGCAGAGCUAGGUAUAUCUCGCGUCCACGACACCCGGGAAGUGCCAAAAAUGGCACGCUCUAAAGUAUGAGAAUUGUAUGCGCUCCACUCAUGCUUACGGAUCUGAACGCGCAUCUGGCAUGGCCGCCCAUACGCGCCAUGGGAAAUGUUCAAUUUUCCGGAAACUUACCAAAAUCAAAAUUAACUAGCAGCCUAGCUAGCAGCAAUUAGAACUGGAUAUCCCAAGGAGCAGUAUAACGGUGUUAUUUAUUGUGUAGAUCGCUAAGUUUAUUUGUUGAAGUUGUUUAGGUGAAUUAUUGCGAUUCCAUACGUACCAACAUGGCAUCGCAGAAAUUGACCUAGCACAACUUGAAACAACGGUUCCUAGUAAUUAUAAGAACAGUUGUAGUUUCUCAUUUGUGUCUUAAGAAAUCAAACAAAAACGAACGCAAACAUGGAUAGCACGUAUUACCAUUCACGCGAGAAGCCCAUUAUCUAUAGCAUAACUAACGAGCAACCGUACAAACUCCAUGACAAUUCUAGCAACGGAAACCGUUGCGUUGCUUUGUAAAUAUACGUAUCGUUUUCUUCAUAUUUCCAUCUAUUUAUUUUCGAUGCAUCAGUGGCAUUCUAGGGCUUAUAAACUUAAACGGAAUUGUUGAGCUGUUUCAAAAAUUGUCAGGCAAUUCACUUGUACAUAGUUGUAAAUAUACAUAUAAUGCCUGUAGUAUUUCUAAGUAGGUUCAA